AUGGCGCGAGCUCUGCGGGCGCUCCAGGGCCUGGGGCCGGAGCGGGGCCAGAGGGCGCCGCGGGUGCGCUUCGGGCCCAGCCCCACAGGCUUCCUGCACUUGGGUGGCCUUCGGACUGCAUUGUACAACUACAUUUUUGCCAAAAAACACCAAGGGACCUUUAUUUUGAGAGUGGAGGAUACAGACCAGAACCGGGUGGUGCCUGGAGCUGCAGAAGGAAUAGAAGAUAUGCUGGACUGGGCAGGCAUUCCCCCUGACGAGAGCCCUCGCCGUGGUGGUGCCUUUGGACCCUACCAGCAGUCACAGCGCCUGGAGCUGUACCAGAGAGCCAGCAGCAGGCUGCUGGAGAGCGGAGCUGCCUACCGCUGCUUCUGCACCCCGCAGCGCCUGGAGCUGCUCAGGAAGGAGGCUCUGCGCAGGCAGCAGACCCCACGGUAUGACAACCGCUGCCGGCACCUGACGCACACGGAGGUGGCUGAGAAGCUGUCGCAGGGCCUCGCCUGGGUCGUCCGCUUCCGGCUGGAGCAGGGUGUGGAACCCUUCCAGGACCUGGUCUAUGGCUGGAGCAAGCACGAGGUGGCGGAGGUGGAAGGGGACCCGGUGAUUCUCAAGGGGGAUGGCUUCCCCACUUACCACCUGGCAAACGUGGUGGAUGAUCACCACAUGGGCAUCAGCCACGUCCUGCGUGGGACCGAGUGGCUGACGUCCACGGCCAAGCACCUGCUCCUCUACAAAGCCUUUGGCUGGGAUCCUCCCCAGUUUGGCCACCUCCCGCUGCUGCUGAACAAAGAUGGUGCCAAGCUGUCCAAGAGGCAGGGGGACAUCUUUCUGGAGAGCUUUGCUCGGGAUGGCUACCUGCCAGAGGCCCUUCUGGACAUCGUCACCAACUGUGGCUCUGGAUUCACAGAGAAACGGAUGGGGAGGACUCUGGAGGAGCUGAUCUCGCAGUUUGACGUUGGCAGAAUCACAACCCACUCUGCCCUGCUGGACCUUGAAAGCCUCCCAGAGUUCAACAGGAUCCAUCUCACCCGGCACAUAGAGAAUGAGGAGCUGAGGCAGAAGCUAAUCAGAGAGCUGCAGCUGCUGGUGGAGCAGGUCUAUGGGGAUCAGCAGGUGGAGCAAGAGGUUCUGCAGAAGGAGUACAUGGAGCGAGUCCUCCUGCUGAGAAAAGGUCACAUAAGUCUCCUGAAGAACCUGGUGGCCUGUGAUUAUUCUUACCUCUGGGUCAGGCCCUCAGUGUCCCGAGAGCAGCUACAAAACAUUUCUGCAGAAGCAGAAGAAAUAGGGAAGCUGGUCCUGGGGCUCAUGGCAAGUCAGGCAGUGGCUUUGACUGUGGAGGAGUUGAACAAAGACCUGAGAAACCUCCAGAAGCAAACCAAAGAGACCAAGUACAGCAGCAUGAUGCAGCUCCUUCGCCUGGCUCUCAGUGGGCAGCAGCAUGGCCCCAGCGUUGCAGAGAUGAUGGUGACCCUGGGACCCAAGGAAGUGAGUGGGCGAAUCCACAGAGCUCUGUCCAGCUAA